GUAGUGAUGUCAAACCAUCUGAGCAGUCUGUCGGAGUAUGGGUCCCUGAUAGGGAUGACACAGGACUCCUUUGCCCUUCUGGAGCGAAGCCGAAUCUCCGGAGAAUCCUGGGACAUGGGGGACUCUAAACCAAGCAUGGAAGCCCUGGAGCGUGGCGUGCCGGGACUUUAUCUCUCCUGCUUCGACAUGCUCCUCACCGAAGAUGCCACGUGGGUGGUGAAGGUGGCGGAGGCAUCUCCAACACUCUCCGUGCCCAUGAACCGCAUGCAGAUCCAGGAGGAACCGGAGCAGUGCCCCGUUAUUGACAGCCAGGAGCAGGGACUUUCCCCCGGGUUGGAAGGGCAGGAGGAGGAACGGUCUCUGGAACAGGUGCAGAGCAUGGUCGUGGGAGAAGUGCUAAAGGAUAUUGAAACGGCCUGCAAACUGCUCAACAUCACUCCAGAUCCUAUCGAGUGGAACACAGGGAACGUCCAGAAGUGGUUGCUGUGGACCGAACAUCUGUACAGAUUACCUCAUGCGGGAAAGGCCUUCCAUGAGCUGACGGGGAAGGAUCUAUGUGCCAUGAGCGAGGAAGAGUUUCGCCAGCGCUCCCCACAGUGUGGAGACACCCUGCACGCACACCUGGACAUAUGGAAGUCAGCUGCCUGGAUGAAAGAGCGGUGCUCAGUUGGAGACCUCAAAGCUACAGGUAGCGAGGAUCUGUGGUCCGAGGCAGAUUCCUCAUGCUCGGGCAUUUUCAAGAUCGAAGACUCAGCUCAUGUAGCCAGACUGUGGGGACUCAGAAAGAACCGACCUGCUAUGAACUAUGAUAAGCUGAGCCGCUCCAUUCGUCAGUACUACAAGAAGGGCAUCAUCCGCAAGCCUGAUGUGUCUCAGAGACUGGUAUACCAGUUUGUUCACCCCGUAUGA